AGUUCGCCAUAAUUUGUUAAAAGGAGGAGCUCACAAUGUUGCGGAAAGUGUUGUACGAGUGUUUUUUCUGAGGAAGUUAUUUUUAUUCAUCGGCCUUUGUUUAGAGGAGCUCCGACAAAAAGAAAAUGGCGCAGCGUGUGGUGGCGUCAGACGCUGGAAACAAGAAGACCUCGCGGGUUCGAGUAGCGGUUCGUCUGCGACCCUACAUGAGCAAACAAGAUGAGAAGGACGAGGGGCCUUGUGUCCGAGGCCUGGACUCCCAGAACCUGGAAAUAGUUAACUGGAGAAACGCAACGGAGACCGUAAAAUACCACUUUGAUGUUUUCCAUGGAGAGCACACGACACAGCAAGAGGUUUUCCUCCCUUUGGUGAAACCUAUCUUACCACACGUACUGAACGGACAAAAUGCCAGUGUGUUUGCUUAUGGCCCAACAGGAGCUGGUAAAACCUACACCAUGUUGGGGAGUGCAGAGCAGCCAGGUGUCAUCCCUCGAGCUGUACGAGAGCUCUUCAAACUGGUCAGUGCAAAGGAUGAGGAUGAAGGAUGGGACUACAGCAUUGGCAUGUCGUAUUUGGAAAUUUACAAUGAGAAGGUUCUCGAUCUUCUGUCGCCAAACUCUCAAGAUUUGCCCAUCCGGGAGGACAAGGACAAGAACAUCUUAAUCCCUGGCCUCACCCACACGAUCAUCUCCUCCUUCUCAGAUUUUGACAAACACUUCGUCCCCGCCACCCUCAACCGUACCACAGCUUCUACCAAACUGAACCAGCGCUCCAGUCGCAGUCACGCUAUUCUACUCAUCAAGGUUGUGCGAACUCAGSGUGCCUUGCCCCACCGACAGCAGACAGGCAAGCUGUACUUGGUCGACUUGGCCGGGUCCGAGGACAAUCGCCGCACGGGCAACCAGGGCAUCCGCCUGAAGGAGAGCGGCGCCAUCAACCUGUCGCUCUUCACGCUCAGCAAAGUGGUGGACGCCCUCAACUCCGGCACGUCCGGCCGCGUGCCAUACAGAGACAGCAAACUGACCCGGCUGCUGCAGGACUCCCUGGGAGGCUCCGCCCACUCGGUCAUGAUCACGAACAUUGCACCGGAGUAUAAAUAUUAUUUCGACACUUUCGGUGCUUUGAACUUUGCGGCCAAGUCCAAGCUGAUCGUGAACAAGCCUUUCACACGUGAGACUGUGGCCGUGCUGCCAGUGAAGCGGGUCAGAGAGGAAUGUGAAGCAGGGCCGUCUGGCGUCGAGCCAAACAAGAAGAAGCAGAAAGACGAGAAGAGGGCUGAACAGGACGGUUCCUCGCCCUCAACACUUUACUACGGUCUGUCWGAACCAUCUGUGAUGGAAAGAUUGAUCGCUCUGGAGAAGCUGGUGAUGAGCUGCCAGGACAAAGACGGGCAGAGCGUUCUGAAACAUGUGGCUCAGUCUCGCAAAGAAAUCCAGGAGAUCAAAGAAAAGCAGAGAGAGUUUGAAAGAAAAGCGUUCAACCAGCUGGCAGACAAGUCGGACUCAAAACAGGAGUCUCUAUUCCAGAACAACUCGGCCCCACUGCAGAGGAAACCCCCAAAUGCCACAAAACUCAAUAAGCAGCGUGCUGUGGUCCAACCCUUACAAGUGUCCAAGCUGCAGCAGAUUGCGGUCGUCAAAAAACAGUCUGUGUGCAUCACGAGGGAAGAGAAGAGGCUUUCAGACCUGGUUGAGGCCCCAAAUGGUAAAGAAAACAAAGAGCAGAGUUCAUGGGAGUCUCAACUUGACAAAUCUGUGCUGGAACAGUCCAAAGACAAAAUCCUGCAUAUUCUAAACACCGGCUCCCUCAAGGAGCUGAAAGGUCUGCAGCAGAUCGGUGACAAGAAGGCAAAACUCAUUCUGGGCUGGAGGGAGAUCCAUGGUCAAUUCACAAAGUUGGAAGAUCUAAUAAAAGUUCAGGGCAUGACAGGAAAGAGAUUUUCUUCCUUUGUGACGACAAACAUCCUGAGUGUCAUGGGAAAGUGACCCCACCCACCCCCUUUAAUUUUAUUUUUUAUAAACCUACGCUGAAUGUAAAUAGUGUGUAAACACAAAGCCAUGUUUUUUUUCCUUUUUUUAAUUUUUGUUUUUCUUUUUUGUGUGUAUUUUUGUAAUAGAGGCUGAUUCUGCUGGUGGCACCAGUUUUUCAAUAAACCUCACAUAAACUGAA